AUGUCGACACCUGAUUAUCCAGAGUCCGAUGGUCAGACGGAACGUGCCAAUCGUGUCCUCGAAGAGAUACUUCGAGGAUACGUACACUCCUUUAAGAGUUGGAGUGAGUUUUUGCCAAUGGUAGAGUUUGCCAUUAACAACUCGGUGCAUGCGUCCACGACACAUACACCGUUUUACGUGAAUGGCUUACGCCAUCCGCGUGUACCCACCUUACUAGAGUGUAACUCUGAAGUCAUUGCGUUUGAUGCCGAUAUCGAUAACAUCGAUAUCGAAGAAGAUGAUGCCAGUGAGAGUGCGGAAGCCCUCACUGAAGACAAUGAUCCCAGUGAGAGUGCGGAAGCCCUCACUGAAGAAGAUGAUCCAAGUGAGAGUGCGGAAGCCCUCACUGAAGAAAAGGUUGAUGUUGCUGCAGUGCGCUCACAGCACACUGAAGCUAACGAGUCAUCAGAUGAGUUCAUACUGGCUCGUGAAACGGUAGUCCGUUUUGUGCAAGGCUCCAUCGCCGAAGCGGUGACUUAG